AUGACGGCGCGCUCACCUCAGCGCCUCGGAGUGGGAAGGAGGGGAAAAACAUCCAAGAGAUGUCCCGCGUCAGGGCCCCACGAAUGUGGAAAGCGGCUGAUCUCGGAUCCGUUCUCGGGCACGCGGAUUGUGGGUGGCCACGAAGCAUCGGUGGGAGCCUGGCCAUGGCUCGUGAGCCUCCAGGUCCACCAAAUUGGGCCGAACUUUAAGCAUGUGUGUGGUGGAACUUUGGUUAAUGAGAAUUGGGUGCUUUCUGCCGCCCACUGUGCAUUGCAGAGGAGGGACCCGUUUUUCUGGAGAGCUGUGAUAGGUGUACAUAACCUUCAGAAAUAUGACAAACAUACAACAAAAAGAUAUAUUAGAAACAUCACUAUCCAUCCAGAAUUCAGGAAAGAAACAUUUGAAAAUGAUAUUGCGUUAUUUAAACUUGAUUCCUCUGUGCGCUACAAUGACUAUAUUCAGCCUAUCUGCUUACCUUCCGCACACCUUUACCUCUAUAUUGACAACGAAACAGACUGCUAUAUAAGCGGUUGGGGACGUUUAGCCGAAAAAGGUAAAACCUCAAAUGUAUUACAAGAAGCACAAGUGGAUAUCAUUCCUUUUGAUUCCUGUAACGCUUUUGAUUCCUACGGAGGAAUGAUUAAUAGGAACAUGAUUUGUGCUGGCUCUGAAGUUGGAGGCAUCGAUAGCUGUCAGGGAGACAGCGGUGGCCCUUUAAUGUGCCAUUACCCUAGUACCGGCAAGUACUACCUAAUAGGGAUUACCAGUUUUGGAAUUGGCUGUGGGCGGCCAAAAUUUCCUGGGAUCUACGUCCGGUUAUCUUCAUACAGAAGCUGGGUAACGUCAGAACUCAUGUUGAGUAGCGAGGCCAGGACGGCCGGGAGCGCUGCGCUCGGCAUCGUGCUGGCUGUGAGUGGCCUGGGGCUCGCGUCGGUUAUCUAA